AUGGGGUUCGCUUCAGCUACCCGCGAGGAAAAGCUGAAAAUGAUGAAGUCAAAUUCGACUCGAAAAGCAACAAAAAAUUUGAAUAGACUAGCGAAACGAGGAAAACUUUCUAGAGAGAUUCGUAAUUCUAUGGAAGAAAUUAAGAAGAGAAAAUCGAAAGAAUCACGACAAAGAUUGGUUGAUGUGAGUUUUACUGAUCAAUUAAAUGUUUCAAUUAAAAAAAUAUCUGUUUAGAUUGAAGACGAUUUCGUUGCUGAUCGCGAAGCUCAUUAUGACAGUGAUCGAGAAGAAUUGCCACUUGAUAUGCUUGAUGCAGAUAUUGAUUGGGAAAACAGUGCUUUCGCUACUUCAAAACGUCGCCUUGAAAAAACUCGCAAAGGCGCCGCCAAUGAUAGUGAUGAUGAAGAAGAAGGAGAAGUAGAAAGUAAACGAAGGAAAUUUGAUGGCCAAUUAGAAGCUGGACAUGAAGAACUUCUGCCAAUUAAAUUGAAAGACGGUACACUUGUCAGACCAACUCGUGAGAAGUUCCAAGAGGAAAGUGAUGAAGAGAAAGAGGAAGAAAAUGGCGACGAAGAAGAUCAAAAUCAACCUCAUUUAGAAGAUUUUUCUCAUCUUUCGGCUUCUGAAUUACUCGUAAAACGAAGAGAACUCCUCCAAGAAGCUAAAAACACCAUCGCUUCCCAUGCAAAUAUGCUUCUCGCAAAUCCGCAAGUAAACAUCACCCGUCUUCGUGAUCUCUACAAUCUCUCCACCGGAGAAAAAGUUCAUUCAUUGGUCCGCGAACAAGUUCAAAAAUUAGCGAUGGCAAGUACUCUUCAAGUUCUGUUAGAUAUUAUCCCAGGUUAUGCGAUUCGUGAACAAACCGCUGAAGAAAAAGCACAAAAACAGAAGAAAGAGACAAGAGUUUUGGCGAAUUUUGAGGAGGCUUUACUACGAUAUUAUUUGAAAUAUCUACAACUUUGUGAAAAAUUAUCAAAUAGUGAGUCUUUUUUUUGAAAUUGUAGUAAAUUUAUUGAUUUUUUAGAAUUGGUUGGAAAAGAUCGACACAACGACGAAACAACAUUCACUUUCAAAAUGGGAAUUUUAUCCGUCAAAGCUAUGGCUCGAAUCGUAAUCGCCGCACCGCAUUUCAAUUAUGCUACCAAUAUCAUCUCUAGUCUUGUUAGAUUAUCUCUCGCCAAAAAUGAAACUGUUAUCAAAGAAGUUUGCGAUGCCAUCAGAACUGUUUUCAAAGAAGAUUUGCAUCUUCGAAUUACUCUUUUCACUUCGAGAUCGAUUUCUGCUUUGGUGACAAAAAGGAAAGGACGAGUUCCUCCACAAUUGUUAACAACAUUGUUAGCUAUGAAUAUUACUGUGAGUUUCUUAAUUUUUCAAAAUAAUUUGAUUUCAUUCAUGGAUCUUUAGGAAGUGAAAAACGAGGACAAAAAAUCGGGAAAAGACAGAAUCGUUGCCAAAAAAUAUCAACUCAAAAAAGAGCGAGCUAACAAAACUGCAAGACGAUAUAAAAAGCAGUUGGAGAAAAUCGAGGCUGAUUUAUUGGAAGUUGAAGCGGAAGAAUCUCUAACAAAGAAGCUGAAAAAUGUGAGUCUCCAAAAUUCAGAUAAUGAUAAUUCAUUCAUCAAUUUUAUAGGCCACCGAAGCAAUGAAAUUCGCUUUCCAAACAUAUUUCUCGAUUUUGAAAAGAAUGCCAACUUCAGCUUUAUUAGCUCCAGUUCUUGAAGGAUUGAGUAAAUUUGCGCAUUUAUUAAGUAUCGAAUUCUUUGAUGAUAUUGUAACAACAAUGGAAAAAAUGGUAACAAAUGAAAAUCUUCGAAUUAUCGAUCAACUUCAUUGUAUCAAUACUGUAUUCGUUAUUCUUUCUGGAGAUGGUCAAUUAUUGAAUGUUGAUCCUUCAAAGUUUUAUCGCCUGGCUUAUCGUGUUUUGAAUUUGUUGCCAUUUGAAAAGAAACCAGAACAACGAAUUAGUCAAAUUGUAAUGACAGCAAAAACAUUGGAUACAAUGCUAAUUGAUCGACGAAAAGGUGUUCCAUUAUCGAGAGUUGCCGCAUUUGUGAAAAGAAUUUUAUCGAUUGCGACGGUUUUGGAUGAUUUGCCAGCAUUGUGUUUGGUUUCAUUGGUUAGAUCUAUGUUUAUUGUGAGUUUUUUACUUACAAAAUUCGCUAAAAAAUUCGAAUCCGAUUGAAGAAAUAACUCGAAAUGAGUCAAAUUGUUUAAACGUGAAAAUAAAAAAUCCAGAAUAAGUUCACGUAAAAUUUAUUUUUUUUAUGCCACGUGGAUUUUCUAAUGUUUAUUUAUUAUCUUCAGAAAAUUUAGAGCAUUGCUCAUGUUAAAUAUAAUCAGGAAUCGCUAUAAGUUUUGAAACAGUGAAAACGGGGAAUUUUUUAAAAUAAUAAAAAAAUAAUAACAAUUUUCAUGAAAAUAGACUCUUGUAGAAAAGUAUCUCAAUAUUUUCCAAACCAAAACUCCAAUGUCUUCCAGGCUCAUCCAAAAUUGGCAUCAAUGAUCGAAGAUGAAGAAGGAGGUGCUCCAGGUGUUUAUCGACAAGAUAUUGAUGAUCCAGAUGUUGCAAACGCCUUGGCUUCAGAUGUUCGAGAAGAGUUAUCAAUGUUAACAAGACGAAGAAAUCAAGAUUUAUCGAGAUUUGCAAAUAAUAUUUUGUAUGGAGUUCCUUCGACGGGCAUUUUCAAGUUGAAUCCGCAAUUGACUUCGAUGUAAGUUUCACUUUACUUCUUUGAUUUUCCGAAUCAUCGCAUUCCAGAAAAUCUUGGGUAUUGUUCACACAAUCUAUUGAAUCAUUGAAAGAAGGAUAUCAGAAAGUUGACACAAAAUAUUUAGAUGAUAUUGAAAAGGCAGCAAAGAAACGGUCAAAUGGACCAGUUUCGCCUAAAAAUAUCCAUCUUCAUAUUUCAAAUUGGUUAUCGAAUGCAAAAUAA